AUGCCUCCCUACGAAGCCUUAUAUGGGAGAAAGUGUAGAACUCCUCUUUGUUGGAGUGAAGUUGGUGAAAGAAAAUUGGUUUGUCCUGAGAUUGUGCAACAAACUGAAGAUAAGGUUUCUCCAUGGAAGAAGAUUAUGAGGUUUGGACAAAAAGAAAAACUUAGUCCUCAAUUUAUUGGACCAUAUGAAGUACUUGAGAGAGCUGGUCCAGUUCCAUAUAAACUAGCUCUUCCACCGGAGUUAGAUAAAAUACACAAUGUCUUCCAUGUUUCUAUGCUUAGAAGGUAUCGCUCAGAUCCAUCUCAUGUUCUUCCUAUUGAAUCCAUUGAGGUCAGCCCUGACUUGACAUAUGAAGAAGAACCUAUCCAAAUCUUAGCGCAUGAGACAAAAGAGCUUAGAAACAAGAAAAUCCCAUUAGUAAAAGUCCUUUGGAGAAAUCAUUCUGGCAAAGAGGCUACCUGGGAGCGAGAAGAGGAUAUGCGAAUUCAAUAA